AUGAAUGGCGAAGUUUCGCCUGCUUCGAGUUUUUCCUCACUCGGCGGAGGACCCUCAAUGAUUGGAAUGAUACGAGCCAGAAAACUCGCUGUUAAAUUUAAAAAGAGAGCGCAGUUUUUGGUAGCCGAUAAAAUUCGCAGAGACAACACUGGAAAGACGGCAGUGACACACUGGGAUUUUCCACGAAAUUUUCGCCAUGACGAUCAACCCUCUCGACUGCAAGUUCCCGGCGGAAAAUCCCCUCCGAUUUCACGUUCUCCCAGCAUCUCCUCUCGUUACGGUUAUACUACUUCAAGUCAAGCACCUCGAAAUACGUACCGUAUGGAACCGAUAAAACGCUUUUCAGAGCCAAAAGUCAAGGAAAUAAUCGAAGAGGUUUUAGUACAAAACCUAAACGGUCGUACAUACGAAGCGGUCUUCUGCAAAGAGAUGAGUAAAAAACUCUCCGAAGUCAUCAAACAGCGCGUCAAGUUCUUGGGAUUUUCCCGCUACAAAUUUAUCUGUAUUGUCUACAUUGGACAAGUUAAUAAUCAAGGAAUGCGAAUUGGAAGUCGAUGUCUUUGGGAUCAGAAGUUUGACAAUGUCGCCGAAGGGUAUUUCAGAAAUGGCGAUUUGUUUGCAGUCGGAACUGUUUUUGGUUUGUAUUGCGAAUAA